GUGAUAUACUGGUACCCAUAGGGAUUCUUCGAAGAAGAAAAAAUGGAUCUUGUACAUUUUAAAACACUAAUACCUCAAUCUUCAUUAGGAAAUACUGGAGAACAGGGAACUACUGGGGGGCAGUCGGUCAAAUUGUUGGCAAAUUAUUUUCCAAUCACUUCAAACACAAAUUGGUGUUUGUAUCAAUAUAGAGUUGACUUCAGUCCUGAACAAGAUAGAAGUAGAACUAAAAGAGGGCUAUUAUGUCAGCAUCGAGAACAUUUAGGAGGAUAUUUAUUUGACGGAACAAUGUUGUUUUCUGAAAACCGAUUUGAUCCACCCACUUUUGAACUUACAUCUAAGCGUCUCCAAGAUGAUCAAAUGGUUGUCAUUACAGUGAAAUUCACAAAUAUAAUAAAGACAAAUGGUUAUGCCAACAUUCGAGUGUUCAACUUACUUUUGCGUAAUUGUCUCCCACAUCUAAAACUAACGUUGACUGGAAGAAACUUUUAUGAUCCAGCUGCCAAAGUGGCUCAAUGUAAGUUUCAAAUUUUUCCGGGUUAUGAAGAUAGCAUUUUUCCCACGAAUGACAGCAGAGCCAAUACAUUUUUAAUGUUUCUUGAACAAAUAAUCAAUGAAUCAAAUAGGUAUAGUGGUGCUGGUUUGUCAAAGCAUUUACGUGCUUUACCAAUGGUCACCUCUGAAAUUUCGAAGUAUUUGGUUAUUUUAGCUGCAAAAGACUGUUGUCAAGAAGUCGAUGUAUUUGCUCAAUCACUUGCAAGGGCUGCACAAGGAAUUAAAUUUUCAUUACCAAAGCCUGUCAUAGUUCCCAUGAAUGACAGCAGAGCCAAAACAUUUUUAACGCAUAUUGAACAAGUAAUCAAAGAAUCGAAUCCAUCAUUGAUUUUAUGUAUCAUUCCAUCAAUAUAUGGUGAUGUCUAUGGAUUGAUCAAAAGAAAACUAUGCACUGUAUCAGUACCAUCCCAAAUAGUGCUGUUGAGAAAUGUGAAAAAGAACAAUAUUUCAGUUUGCAAAAAUAUCGCUUUACAAAUAAAGUACAAACUGGGUAGUGUUCCUUGGCAAGUUUCUACACCAAAAAAAGUUGAACUUUUUUCGUUAGUGUCCGAUAUUAGAAAAGGUUUAGAAGUAAGCCAGAAAUCGUUAAAAAGAAAAAUAUCUAAUUUGAUUCAAAAUAACACUAAUAUUGAGAUAAUUAAACCUAAAUUUGUAAAAUAUAGUGAAUCUUCUCCUAUACCAAUUAUUGAUUUAACUAUAGACAGUCCACCAGAUGUGAUGGUUUCAAGAUCAUUAAAUAGUGAAAUUACAGGUUUUACUUAUCACAACACUGCUAUUGAGAUGACUGAGUCCAAUAUAACUGAGUAUCAUGAACCUUCUACUUCAGCAUUAAAAUCAUCUAUAAAUGAAAUAACUCUGUUGGACAAUAAUUUAUUAUUGCAAAAAGCAGUUACUAUUCCUUUGUGCAAGGAUGCUUCAUCAAAUUCAAUGCUACUUAUGUAUAAAGUAACUGGAAGCGACGAGUGGACGAACUCUGGCAAAGUAACGGUUUUCGAUGAAACAGGUUCAAGCAGAUCUUAUUUUUUACCCGUUGCCGUAAAACGAAUGUCAAUAUCAAAUAACCAUUCACCGUGA